GAAAAAACAUCCACGAACCCUGUGAUGCAAUCAGAAAGGCAAGAUAACUUCAUGGCCCCUGCCUGUCUCUUCCCACGCCGACUCACGGCCAAGGACACAGAAUCGUGCUUCCUCCCUCGUUCUGGAAAAGCACUACUUUUGUACCCAAGUUCUGGACUCUCCGGGGGGGACAGGACCAGCCUCUGUGGUUUGAAGGUCCUGGUUAGCUGGUUAGGGGCCCUUUCCAGUGACCCUUUCCAGAGGGUGCAGCUGAAUCCUCUGGGACAGGAAAGGGGUGUGGGGGCCCUGAACUCUGGGGCGGAGAUGGGAGCCCCAGAGCCUGCUAGGGAAUGGCUGCAGAGCCUCUGAGGAGCCUCAGGGGCCAUCCCUGGCUGGGCACUGGGCAGAGAGGGAGCAGAACCUUCCGUAUCCAACAUCUGGGGCUCACAGCAGCCUAGGCCCUAGGAGGGGCCCACCGCGACCGCGGGAGCAAACCCUGCCCCGCUGUGAUGGAAUUUUGUUAUAAUGAGAAUGCUACUUGGUUUAUUACGUUUUGCCCCUGCUCGUGGAAAGAGAUUUUUUUUUCAAUCUAUUUUAAAUAUGGUUACUAUCAGACCAGUGACUGUCCAACCCACCUGGCCCCGUGGAAACAGGAGUGUGGCCGCUUAGGUGGGGAAGAAGAAAGAGGAAAGGAAAAAGAAAAAGCUGGAGGAUGGGGCCUGGGAGGGUCCAGUUCCUCUUCAACUCUGUUCUUCACGCUCAGACGCCAAUGGGUCAGGCCCAGCUGCUCAGAAGAAAGCUGGCCUCUCGGCUGCCCCAGGCCAUUCCCACAGCAGCUCAGAUGGUGGGUCAGGAGGCCGAGCCCUGCGCCCCUGGAACUCCGUCAAGGGGACCACCCACCUGUUUGAAGGGAAAAUAAUCUUUCACGUCUCCAGAGGGCAGCCUGAAGAUGGCUAAUUACACGUCAGCCCCGGAGGAUGACUAUGACGUCCUCAUAGAGGAUGACCUGAAGAGCAGCGAAAUAGAGCCAUGCAACCCCUACGACCCCAAGAUCCUGGCGGCCCGGGUGGUACCCCAGCUCUCCACCACCGUGUUCCUGGCUGGUCUCCUGGGCGAUCUCUUGGUUGUGCUCAUCCUGGUGAAACAUAAAGGACUCAAGCACACGGAAGAUAUCUAUCUCCUGAACUUGGCAGUUUCGAAUUUGUGUUUCUUGCUGGCCCUGCCAUUCUGGGCCUACACUGCGACACACGGGGGGGUUCUCGACAACCCCUUCUGUAAAAUUCUAGUGGUCCUGUACUCCAUAGGCCUAUACAGUGAGGCAUUUUUCAACGUCCUCCUGACAGUGCACAGGUACCUGGUGUUUUUCCCCGUGAGCCUUCCCUCAACCACCAGGACGGCACGCUGGGGCAUGAUCUCAAGUGCUCUGGCAUGGGUCCUAGCCACUCUGGUCAUUUUGCCCGAAUCCGUGUUUUAUAAAGCUCAGAUGGAAAGCCAGACAUACAAGUGCUCCUUGAGACUACCUCACUUCCUGCUGGCGGAGGAGACAUCCUGGAAGCGUUUUCUGACCUUAAAGAUGAACAUUUUGGGGCUUCUUUUUCCACUGUGCGUUUUUGUCUUUUGCUACAUGCGAAUGAGAAAAAUACGAAGGUCUGGGGAGAGGAGGUCUGGCCUUUCUAAGCUGGUUUUUGCCAUAAUGGCUGUUUUCCUUCUGAUGUGGGGACCUUACAAUAUUGCACUUUUCCUGUCCACUUUCAAAGAAUCUUUCUCCCUGCACAACUGCAAGAGCAACUACAACCUGGACAGGAGCGUUCAGAUCCUGAGAAUUGUUGCAGCCACCCACUGCUGCAUCAACCCCCUCCUCCACGCGUUCCUUGACCCCACAUUCAGAAGACACCUUGGCCGCCUUUGCUGUGUGCACGAUGGCCGUCUGCUUCAGUCCAGAGAGGAAUCUACACGAGAUGCCGCCAGGGAAGAACUUGACCAUUCCACCAAAGUGUAAACUAGCUUUCAUCAAAGGUGGGACAAAUAAACAUUGAUUUUUAU